UGUAAUUGUUAACUUGUAACGUUUUAUGUUCAAUAUAAAUAUUAUCAAUAAAUUAGUUUAAAGUUUCGUAGAUUAGUACUGUUUAUUGUUACACAGUCCACAAUAUAUUCUUGCUUAAAAUAUAAAAUUUUCUUCAAAAUGAAUUCAAUGUCUAUGGAUAAGGACGAUGCGUCGUCUCUUCUUUCCGUUGCUACUAAUCAUCCUCUAGAACAAUUUGUUUUAUUAGCAAAAGGUGCAAAGGGUUCUGCAUGUGCCGAACUCAUUAAACAAGUUCUGGAAGCACCUGGAGUUCAUGUCUUCGGAGAACUUUUAGAAAUGCCGAAUAUUAAAGAGCUUGAAACUGGACCCUAUGAAAAACAUUUUAAAACACUAAACCUCUUUGCAUAUGGAACCUACAAAGAAUUUUUGGAGAAUAAAUCAGAUUAUUUAGAAUUAACUCCAUAUCAGUGUAAGAAAUUGCAACAUUUGACAAUUGCAACUUUAGCCACACAAGAAAAAUGUAUUCCGUACAGUGUGCUAUUAAAAGAAUUAGAUAUUAAAAAUGUUAGAGAUUUAGAAGAUUUAAUUAUAGAAGCUAUUUAUGCUGAUAUAAUUCAUGGUAAAUUGGAUCAAGAAUGCAAACGUGUAGAAGUAGAUGUUGCAUUAGGCCGUGAUGCACGCUUAGAAGAUGCAGCUGACAUUGCAGAUGUUCUUGCUGGCUGGUGUAAUGCAUGUGAAGCUGUUCUAACAUCAGUAGACCGUCAUAUUGUGAGAGCUAAUAAUCACAAACAAAGAUCAAUUAGGCAUCAGCAAGGGAUUGAUCAAGAGAUAUUAUACAUAAAGAAGACAUUGAAGGCUCAAGCAGAAAAUGAUGAAUCAGCAACAGGUGGCGGCAGUGAAUCUCACUCUGCUCCUAAAAAGAACUCAGGCAAAGGCAAAAUACCUCGCAAUUCUGCAAAGUUUUGGCAAAAAACAACAUAACUUGUAUAUUUGUAAAUACCUUACCAUGUGAUAUAAUAUAAUUAAACUUUACUACUUGCAAGCAUUAUAAAACUA